CAGUUAUUCUUGAAAACUACCUGCAUCUUCAUCAUGGAAGUGCGAUUCUGCACACUCACACCUGCAUCUCGUGCUACUUCUUCCACUCGUUGGGCCAUAACCCUUAACUGCAUUUGCAUGUUCAUAUUGGCAGCGCCAACCUGCAAGGCUGGGACUGAGAUGAUUAUCAAGGAAACGAUCCCGGCGUCCUCAUCGGUCGCCAUCCUAGCUCUCUCGACCAUCGAAUUCGAGAACUCCUCGUCAGUGUCCUUAUCUCGAGGCAGUAACAGAGGUCGGCAGGAAUCUGGCCGAAAAUAAAAUGGUUGGAUUGGUAGGCCAUGCUAAAGGAGAGGAUAUGCCGUAGACCAUCGGGCGAGAGAACUU